AUGGUUUUAGCUUGUUUCAAUCCUAGAAGUUCACACUACAACCCUAGACUUUUAGCUAUUGAUAAUAUCCAACUUCCUCCAACAUUGCUUUUCAGGUUUGAUCUGAUUGAUCUAGUGCUUGAUAAAGCUGAUGAACAAACAUAUCAUCGCCUUGCAAGACAUCUUGUUGCAUUUCAUUAUGAUGAGUGUGAGGACCAAACACUGGAUGCAUUGGACCUCCCAACCCUCACUUCAUAUAUCACUUAUGCAAGACAACAUAUACAUCCUAAAAUAUCUGAUGAGGUUGCAGAGGAUCUGAUUCGUGGCUAUGUUGAAAUGUGUAGGAAGGGCAACUUCCCUGGCAUGGUCGAAAGGUGUGAUGUGGCAGAAGCAUUCCGCCUACUUGAAGUUGCACUUCAACAAUCUCCCAUCGAUCAUUCAACUGGGACCAUUGACAUGGAUCUCAUCACUAUGGGAGUUUCAACCAAUGAAAGAAUAAGACGAGCCAAUCUUGUUUCAUCAGUUAGGAUUAUUAUCAUAGAAAAGAUGCAGGAAGGGGGACCAUCAACACGUAUAACAUAG